AUGGCUCUCCAUCAAGCUACAAGCAAUUCCAAUGCUCCUGUAAAGGACAAGCUCAUCUUCGCGCCAGGCCAUUCUCCCGACGACGCCCACCGCGCCGCACAAUUCACCAAGUUCCGCCUCCACCGCAGCGACCUAUCAGCGGACCCACUGAUCCAAUUCCACCAGUGGUUCAGCGCGCCCGAACUCCAAUCGCACAUCCCCGAGACGGUGACGCUGUCGACGGCCGAGCUGCCGUCGGGCCGCAUUUCCUCGCGGACGGUCUACCUGAAAGAACUCGACAAGAGCGGCUUCGUCAUCUACUCGAACCUCGGCACGAGCCGCAAAGCCGCCGACCUGGCCAGCAACCCGUACGCCAGCCUGUGUUUCUGGUGGAAGCCCGUCGAGAGACAGGUGCGGGUCGAAGGGCGCGUCGAGCGGCUCACCCCGGAGGAAAGCCAGGUCUACUUCGACACGCGCGCGAGGGGGAGUCGGAUCGGCGCGUGGGCCAGUCAGCAGACGAGUGUGCUCAAGGCCGAAUCUUCUUCUUCUUCUUCUCCCGAUGACGACGACGAUGGACGUGCCGAACUCGAAGCUCGCGUCAAAGAAGUUGAGGCGCGCUUCGAAGGCCAAGACCACAUCCCCGUGCCUCCGUUCUGGGGCGGCAUCCGCGUCAUCCCGGAUACCAUGGAGUUCUGGCAGGGGAGGGAAAGUCGAUUACAUGACCGAUUCCGCUAUACCCGAGCAGAAGGGGAAGGCGAGAAGGGGUGGAAGAUUGAAAGACUUGAUCCCUAG